AAGGGUAUAACUGCAAAACUACAUGGAAAAGCUUGUCUUUCCCCGUUGCUACUCCCUUGAGCUGUUGACAUUGAAAGGUGCAUCCGCGGGCGACGCCGCCGACGAUGUCGUCCCUCAACUCGCUCUUCAACCGCUCCACCUUCGGCACCAAAUGCAAAACAUGUUUGAAUCUUGUCAUUUCGAGGAUCAAGCUGCUGCGCAAUAGGAGGGAGUUACAACUGAUAAAUAUGCGCAAAGAGAUGGUUCAGUAUCUUCAGACUGGCCAGGAAUCUAUCGCAAGGAUUCGAGUGGAGCAUAUUAUUCGGGAGCAAAAUAUAUUGGCUGCAUAUGAGAUUGUGGAGCUUUUCUGUGAAUUUGUUCUGGCACGAGUCCCUAUUGUUGAGGUUCAAAAGGAAUGCCCCUUAGAACUGCGAGAAGCAAUUGCUAGUAUAAUCUUUGCAUCAGGAAGAUGUUCAGACUUGCCUGAGCUAAUGCAUCUCCGCAAUUUGUUUACCACCAAGUAUGGCAAGGAGUUUGUUGCUGCUGCUAUGGAGUUGCGGCCUGACAGUGGUGUCAAUCGCACAAUAAUCGAGAAGCUCUCGGUGAAGGCUCCAUCAGGUGAAUCAAAGCUGAAAGUUCUGAAAGCUAUCGCCCAAGAGUACAAUGUUGAAUGGGAUUCAUCUAAUACUGAAGCGGAAUUCAACAAGAAAUAUGAAGAUCUACUGGAUGGCUCGGGAUCUUCAGUCCACCAGGUCCAGCCACCUAUCAUUGAGAACUCUCCAGUUGCUUCUGCUUCAAGAGAUAAGCCGCUGGCGUUGAAUCCACCUGUUAGGGAUGUAGAAAAACAUCAAGUUCUCGAGUCUCCAAGUUCACCAGCUGGGGGUUCAAGAGCUUAUGUUGCCUCUAAGACCAUUGUGGCAACCCAGGAGCACCAUUCCCCUGCUGAGGAGAUAUCCUGCACCAACCCAAGUUCAUCAGAUGUGCUAGAAAAAGCCAGAGCUGCCAUUGCUGCCGCUACCCGUGCAUCUGCUGCUGCUCGUGCGGCAGCUGAACUUGCAAAGGUUAAAAUCACGAGUCAGUGACGCCUUUGGUUCCAGCAAGGCAGAGUCAGGGAAUCCUAGACGGUUUAUGAAUCAGGCAAUGCAGCACUAUGACUGACAAAAAUAUUUCAUUGAAUAACUUUCUUACUGUAUAUUCCCCUUGCAAGCACAUCAAAUGAAAUUGUGUGGCUUUCUGUUCCCGUCUUCUUUUGUACUCAAAAGAAAAUGUUUGUGGUAUCC